AUGGAUAUACCAUCGCACAUAGUGAUGUUUCCAUGGUUUGCCAUGGGACACUUAACCCCGUAUCUUCAUUUCUCCAACAAGUUAGCAAGUAGAGGAUACAAAAUCUCCUUCUUCAUCCCCAAAAAAACACAAACCAAGUUGCAACAUCUCAACCUUCACCGACAUCUCAUCACCUUUUUUCCCAUCACAGUUCCUCCUGUUCAUGGCCUUCCUCAUGGCGCUGAAACCACUUCAGACGUCCCAUUCUCUUUGUUCCCACUUAUUGCCACAGCUAUGGAUCACACAGAGAAGGACAUAGAACUUCUCCUAAUGAAUCUGAAGCCACAAAUUGUCUUUUUCGAUUUCCAACAUUGGCUACCAACCUUGGCACGAAAGUGGGGCAUCAAGUGCAUGCAAUACUUCAUAGUUAAUCCGCUAUCAGUAGCUUACUUUUGGAACGGACCAAGGAAGAGCCAAGGAGGAGAAUUAACUGAUGUUGAUCUCAUGAAGCCACCUGAGGGGUUCCCUGAUUCAUCCAUCAAGCUUCAUGCGCAUGAAGUUCGAUUCCUUGCUGCCACAAGAAAGCUAGAGUUUGGAAGGGAUGUUCUUUUGUACGAUCGUUGGGGCAAAGGUACAAGCUUAGCAGAUGCAAUUGGAUUCAAAGGCUGCAGAGAAAUUGAUGGGCCAUAUGCAGAAUAUCUAGAAACUGUGUAUGGAAAACCUGUUUUGCUUUCAGGGCCUCUUUUACCUGAGCCACCGAACUCUACAUUGGAGGAAAAAUGGGUUGCAUGGCUUAGUGGUUUCAACCAUGGUUCUGUUGUGUUCUGUGCAUUUGGAAGCGAAAGCCCCUUACCAGAAAAUCAGUUUCAAGAGUUGUUGCUUGGUCUAGAACUAACAGGUUUUCCAUUUCUUGCAGCAUUUAAGCCUCCCAAUGGAUUUGAGUCUGUUGAAGAAGCUCUGCCAGAUGGGUUCAGAGAAAGGGUUAAAGGAAGGGGGAUUGCAUAUGGAGGUUGGGUGCCACAGCAAUUGAUCUUGGAACAUCCUUCUGUUGGAUGUUUCAUAACACACUGUGGAGCUGCUUCUCUAACAGAGGCUCUUGUGAAUAAGUGUCGGUUAGUGUUUUUACCUCGGUUGGGUGCUGAUCACGUCAUCAAUGCAAGAAGUCUGAGUAGAAAAUUGAAGGUUGGGGUGGAAGUGGAGAAAGGUGAAGAAGAUGGUUUGUUCAGCAAAGAAAGUAUAUGUAAAGCAGUGAAAAGCUUGAUGGAUGAUGAUAGUGAGGUUGCAAGAGAAGUGAGACAAAAUCAUGCCAAACUCAGGAACUUCUUACUGAGUGACAAUUUAGAGUCCUCUUGUGUAGAUCUUUUCUGUCAACAACUUCAAAAUUUACUAUAA